AUGGCGGAGCCAGAAUCGCUGGUGGAUAAGAUCUACGGCCACCACGCAUCGGCGUCUUCAUCGGACUCCGACGACGACAAGAAGAAGUCCAAGCACGACGUCGUUAAACCCAAGGUUGAAGACGACAAGCCGUCUACUCACGAUUCCGUCAAAUCCAAGAUUUUUAGGCUAUUCGGUAGAGAGAAGCCCGUUCACAAGGUUUUGGGCGGUGGCAAACCUGCUGAUGUUCUCCUAUGGAGGAACAAGAAAAUUUCUGCAAGUGUGCUUGGUGGUGCUACUGUAUUAUGGGUUUUCUUUGAGUUGCUUGAAUACCAUCUAAUCACUCUGGUGUGCCAUUUAUUGAUACUCUCUCUGGCUGUCUUUUUCCUGUGGUCUAAUGCAUCAACCUUUAUCAACAAGUCUCCACCACAAAUCCCAAAGGUUCAACUCUCUGAGAGGACUGUCCUUGAUUUGGCAUCUGCACUGAGAAUUGAGCUCAACAGAGCAUUUCACAUUUUGCGGGAUAUUGCAUCUGGGAGAGAUUUGAAGACGUUCCUUGGUGUUAUAGCUGUCUUGUGGAUUGCGUCAGUGGUUGGGAAAUGGUUCAACUUCCUGACCUUAUUCUACAUAACUUUUGUGUUGCUGCACACAUUGCCGGUGAUUUAUGAGAAAUAUGAUGUGCAGAUUGAUGCCUUUUCCGAGAAGGCAUUGAUUGAGUUCAAGAAGCAGUACGCAGUGUUUGAUGCCAAGGUUUUGAGUAAAAUUCCCAAGGGCCCAUUGAAAGAAAAGAAGAAGGAUUAG